CUGGAGGCGAGGCGCGGCGGAGCCAAGCACCAGCCUCGGCCGGCGGCUGGAACUUUUUCUGGCUAGGUCGUGCCUGCUGCGGGCAUGGAUCAGAGGAAGGCCUUGUUCCGCGCCAAGCUUCGCGAGGCCAAGGAGAAGCAGGAGAAGCGCAUCGAUCCCGCACUCGUCAGGUAUAAUGAGUAUGAUCAGCCCAUCUGUAGAGUCUGCAACGUUACUCUGAAAUCUGAAGCACUUUGGCCUGCGCACCAAGUUUCACGGAAACAUCAUGAGGCAAAAGCUGCUGCAGCCACUAAAGUUACAGAAGCUGCAGCUCCUCGUGGCAAAAAUCCAAAUCAUGAAAGACCAGCAGAGCCUCAGAAAGCAAAAUCCUCCUCGUUGCCAGCCAAUUUUUUCGACAGCCAGGGAGUGAAAAGGCCAAAUGAUGGUACUGGUUCUGAAGGAAGGUCUGUACGUCAGGAAGUGGCUGCUGUUCAACCACCAGCCAAGGAAGCAAGUGUAGAUAAACCAUCUGUUAGGCCGGACCAAGUGCCAAAUAAGGGGAGUCAAGGCAAACCCAAUGUGAAAGGAAUUCUUCCAGGGAAUUUUUUUGAUUAUGCAGAAGAAGAUGAAGACGAAGCACCAGCUCCAGCUCCGAAGGAGCCCAAUAGGAAUUUGGGAAACAUUGCCAAUCCAAGUCACAUGCAGGUGAAAGGUGUCCCUGAUGGCUUCUUUGAUAGCAGCAGCACAAAACCCACUGAAGCCAGUGCAUCAUCUCAAGCAGGGAAUAUUGUGGAAACUGCUCAAGUAAAAGGAGCCCUGCCAGAAGGAUUCUUUGAUAACAAAGAUGCGGAUCUCCGUGCACGUGGUAUUGAACCACCAAAAGUUGAUGUCAAUGACGCGUUAAAAGAAUUUGAAAAGGAAAUUCAGGAGGACCUCCAGGAAGUUGAUAAUCGCCUUGAAGAAGAGGAGAUUGAUGCUGCUGCUGAGAGGGAAGAGUACUUGACAUUAGAACAAGAGGAGUAUAGGCAGCGAGUAGAUCUGCUGAAGAAACAGCUCACUGAGUCAAAAGCCACACGGAAUGCUAAAGCAAAGAGCAAACCUGUUGGUAUGGACACGGAGUCCAGCGCCAGCGACUCAUCAAGUGAUGAUGAAGAUGGCAACACAGAUUUUGCUGUUGACUGGAGAGCACAGCAUAUGAAAUGAGGCAGAGGCUUCUAUGAUUUCUUCUUACCGUGGCAACAGAGAAGUGCCGCCUCGAUCAUUGCACAUCCAACAAUGAAUGGGAUCAGUUCUAAAGAAUUUUGCUUAGAGGUCUUCUUUUUCGUGUUGUUGGUUCUGAAAACGCACAAGCUACUUAUG